AUGCUGAAAGAGGCAGGCCUUAGAACAGAUAUAUCGUGCCAAUACGGAGAAGACCAAAUCAGAGACAAAGAGGGAGAGAAAUAUCAAGUUCGGGAGGUAAGAAUGCUAACACUAUACCAUAUUGGUUAUACAUAUGGUUUAGAGUUUUAAGAACUUUAAUGUAAGUAAAUAAGAUGAUAUCUUCCUCUUCAGGCAUCUUUGGAUCUCAGAACAACUGAUAUGAACAGCGGCAGUGAUCCCUCCUCAACAGGGGCCGUGCAGGAUACUUCCAGCAGCAGUGGCAGUAAUCAAUCAUUCACAGGGACUGUGCAGGAUCAUUCCAGUGGCAGUGAUCAAUCAUCAAUAGGGGCCGUGCACUAUAACUACAGUGGCAUUGAUCAAUCAUCAAUAGGGGCUAUGCACUAUAACUACAGCGGCAGUGAUCAAUCAUCAAUAGGGGCUAUGCACUAUAACUACAGCGGCAGUGAUCAAUCAUCAAUAGGGGCUAUGCACUAUAACUACAGCGGCAGUGAUCAAUCAUCAACAGCAGCCGUGCACUAUUCGGAAACCUGA